AGCCGAACCAAACUGAGCCACGAAGACCGUCAGCCGAGCUGCGACCUCUAGCGAUGGAGCGUGAAGAGCAGCUCGGUCAGUCCGUCCAGGAUGUGGAUUUGAUUGUGGACACAGAUGUGGGGCUCGAUGACAUGGCUGCUCUUGUGAUGCUGACGACGUCACCACGGUCACCACGGCUACGCUUGGUCACCACGGUGCACGGGGUUUGUGCAGCUCCUGUCGCAGCACCGUUGGCCCAACGCUUGCUGCUUGGACUGGGUGUGUCAGCUCUUGUGGUGCGAGGUGCCACCUGUCCGAGCUCGAGUGAGCAUGCGGAGCUCCCUGGUUGGGUCGAAAAGCACCGGGCCAAGCUGGAGAAAGUGAGUGAAGUUCUUGAGCUUCCUGAGCUUCCAGAGGAGCUUUCCAAGGAGCUUUCGAAGCCUUCAGAUUGCCAAACAGCUUCGACUGCAUUGUUGGAACUUGACAUCAAGGGUGUGACACUCUUGGCCUUGGGACCUUUGACUAAUGUGGCUGCAGCAGCUAAAGCUAAUCUUUCCAAGUUCCGGGAAGUUGUCGGGAAGAUCAUCGUGGCUGGGGACAACACAAAGGCCAACCCUUUUAACUUUCGCUUGGACCCAGUGGCUCUAGAUGUGGUCCUGAACUCCGGUGUUCCGAUUCAGAUGGUGGGCACCUGUUGCCGGCCGGAUGCCAAAGAGUUGGAGGGGCGCUUGGAGAAAUCCUUGAACCACCCCAUGCUGUUGAAGAUUUUGGAGCAGCAUCCCUUGAGUUUGGUCCAGGAUCCGGUGACCGCAGCGUAUUUCCUUGCCCCAGAGAUCUUCACAGUGGCGCCCGUGGAAGUUCAUGGAUCUUCUUGCCCUAUUUCUGUCAUGGAAGCCAAGGACUUGGACGUCACGGCUUAUGCGGAACUUCUGAAGACGUGCUUUGCAAGAUGAUGCGACGCCACCAUGAUGCGCCCGCCAUUUUCAUGCACCAUCCUUUGCCCUGGAACCGUCACCUCGAUGAUGUUAAGCAAAAAUACCGACCUGGUUGGUACUUUCCUCACGGAUGGACGGUCCGUGGCUCGAUGUAUAAGGCUCACGAGAUAUCAAGUCCGCAGAGUCCUCCUGCGUGCAACCAAGUCACGAGCUGGCCAUGGAGGCACGACCAAAAGUUCCGGCAUGCCAGAGUGCAGCUGCGCACCAUAGUCCAAGCUGAAAAGAAGACAAC